GCGCCACUGGGAAUGUCGGGAAGUGACAGCCCAACGUUUUUUCACGGCCAACCCUGGUCAAACUGGAUUGAAAGAAUCGGAAGGGAUAAACCUUUAAGUGAUGAAGAAUCCGAAACAAGACCAGCGAGUACAGUUACUCGUCUUUCUGCAGAAGAUAUCGAUCUGUAUGGAUUCUGUCCAGAAAGAGAUACUUUUUAUGGAGUGGUCUGUGAGAUAUGCAACGCCAUAGUAAAACCUCAAGCUCUUAGACAGCAUAUGGAGAGUCGACAUCCUAGCAGUACAGCUAAUUUUCCUCCACCUUCUGUACCUGUAACAAAACCUACAGUAAAGACACCAUAUUGCAAAGUAACUAAAUUAAAGAAGACACAGCCAGCAUCAGCACAAAAUUCGAGUGGUACCAAAGUGAUUCAUACAUCAGCAAAACGAAAUACUUCGGUGGAACAACAACAGCAACAACAGCAGCAACAACAGCAGCAACAACAACAGCAACCUAGUAGUACCUCAACAACGUCGUUACCAGUUUCCUCUUCACCUAGAUCACCUUUAGAAACAACUUUACAAACAGUACAAACAGCGACCACUAGUACUGGCAGUGGUUCCUUGACAUCCUCGAGUCCAGUUAAAAGUCCUGGGACAAGUGGAACAACCAGACGAAAAAGGCUGAAAGCGGAUCGUUCUCUCCUUAAAGAUCGAGAAUACGAUCCUGAUAGACACUGUGGCGUAUUGAACGAAGAAACAGGGAAACCAUGUACAAGGUCACUCACGUGCAAAGCGCAUACGGUUUCUUUACGUCGAACCGUUAUUGGUCGAAGUAAAACCUUUGACAAAUUACUCGCGGAACAUAGAGCAGCUAAGGAAGUACCGAGUAAUACGAGAUCUAGCAAAUUAUCAGUCAGUGGCACAGUUGUCCCUCUACCAUCACCAUCGGUCAAUCCAAUAUCAUUGACAACUAAUACUUCUACCUCAAAUGUUGAUUCUGAAGCACCAAGUUCACCACCGGUAUUAUCGCUACCAGACACCUAUCCACUGCCAAAGGCUGUUGAUUUGCUUUAUCGGUGUCUGGCCCCGCAUGGCUCCACUAAACCUACCAAGCUCGAAGAGGAGUUCGGUAACGAGGAACUGCGGAGUCUAGAGUCAUCCUUGGUUGAAGCGAGUGCAUCCAGUAGCAGUUCGCAGACACCAGCAAUGCAGCCUUCUUCUUCCGCUUCGUCAAUGAUGAUGGCACCAAUAUCGGUGAUUUUGCCAUCACUAUCUCCAUUGCCAGCAAAUACUGAGGAGUCAUCGGUGGCGACCUUGAUACCAACUGCUUCCCCGGUACCAUCAGCUGCACCACCACCAGCGACCACAACCUCAUCGGCAUCUUCCUUGGUUUUGUCAACAACAUCUUUAAAUUCUAUUAUAGUAUCACCUAUGGCAGUCGUAUCGAACGACAUUCCAUCGCCAAAUUCAACAGCAACACCAACCACAGCAUCAACCCUAAUUACCAAUUCUGUGACAACCCUGGUUACAACAUCUAUUGCAGCAACGACCACUCCGACUACACCUCCGCUUACUUCAACCACCAUAUCAACCUCUCUGGAGGUUGAUAAUUCUCUCGACGUUGAUCCAGACGUUGAUUCCAUUGCUAGCAUCUAUUCGGCCGCGUUUAAGGAUGAGAAAACUCUCUCCUUACGUUCAUCUAAUAAUCUUCUACUUUCCCCGUUGUCAAGGAGUUCGUAUCAUCGGCAACUUCAACAAGGUUCCUCUAUGCCUAGCUUGAAUCUUUUCGAACCCGUUGACCAAUUGGAACAACGUAACAAUGCUGCUGGUCCUAUCAAUGGAAAAAGAUUCCAUCAUGGUGGUAAUCGUAGCAGUCCACUCGGUCUUACUACUACCACUACCACUAGCACUACCAGGCCACCAAACAAAAGAAACAAACAGGAUUAUCAUAGGCAGGAUUAUUCAACGUCUAUUCAACUCGAGGCAACUACUACCUCAACGCCUUAUCCUAAUUUUGGUGAUAUCACUUGGUCGAACUGUCAUCCUGAACCUUUGGCUGUUAGCCGAUGGCUCCGUAUUACGUCCAGCCGUAAGCAAUAUAAUUUUAAUAUUCACUGACACAAGACCCCACCUACUCCAGGCUAAGGGCGACUAUUGUUGGUGCGUCUACAUUUAAUAAGAAACGUUAUUUUCUUUUUCUCUUGUAUAUUUCGUCUGAAGCCUGUAGGGAAGGGAUGGUCUCUGUAACGUAUCUUCGUUUCUUCAUCUUCUUCUUCUUAUUGUUAUUAUUACUUUUUUUAUCUUUUAUUUUCUUUUUUUUCUUUUUUAAUUCGUCAGCUGAUUUCAGAAGUAUAGUUUGUUCUAAAUGGUUCGUCAAGUUUCAUCUGAAGUACGAUCAAACUGUUCGUACGUUAUUCUUUUUAAUUUAUCGAUUCAUUUUUAUUUAGUGUUUCUUGUCGAAAUUAAGCCGAUGCGAUGACUUUUUUUCGACAAUCGAAGAUAUUAGUUUCGUUUUUUUUUUUUUAAAUCUUAUUUUUCACAAACGUUAUUGUUUUAUAAAACGAUAACACAAUGUUAACAACAUUCCCGUUCGAUCGUUCACAACUCUACCUCGGAUCAUUUGUCGAAUCCUCUUUUCCUUUGCUUUUCAGUAUAUUUUUGUUCUCUUGCCUUUCUUUCUUUGUUUUAUUUCUUUUUUUUUAAACGAGAGAGAAAGAUUUGAAGAUUGAUACAGAUUUAGAGAGGAGCAGGGAGAGGGGGCCAAAAGUUAAUACGUUAUUUAACCCGUUGAUUACUCGUUUUUUUUCUUCUUUUUUUUCCAAUCAGUACAAAAUUCGAAGAAAAGAACAAUCAACGAUUACGAUCGUUUAACAAGUAGAAAAACUUUUGGCCCGCGUAGAUCAAUAUAAAUUAAUAAUUUUUUUAUGAGUUUUGUUUUUCUCUUUUCGAAGAAAAAGUCUUAUUUGGGAGGGGGGGAUUUCAUUUACGACAUUCGUCAAAUGAUCAAUGGAAUAUAUAAGACUUCUCGGACGAUGUAUGUAUUAUAUAUGUAAAUAAACCGAUCUCUCCGUUAUUAUCGCUUACGUAAAGCUUAGGAAUUGAUGUACGAUCAAUACGAAAUUACGUAUUUUUUUUUGUCUUUUUUUUUUGUUUUUCCUUAUUUUCUUUUUAACUUCGUAGCCACAGUGUUUAUAAGUAAAAAGAGAAAGAAAAAACAAAUACAAUAAUAACAAAUGGUAAGAAUUUUGUUCACGCGUAUUACGUGCGUAUACGUACGCAUAUGUAUAUAUAUUUUAAUGCAAUAUAGCAGCGUUUCCUAAACUUUUUCUACCGCGGACCGGUAUUUGUUUUGUAAAAUUAUUACUCGGCACAAUUUUAUGUCAAUAACAUAUAUAUGCCGUAUUAUUUAAAAUGAUGAUUAUAAUUUUGGAUAAAUGAGGUUAAUACAACAAAUCAGAUUAAUUAUUUUUAAUUAGACUUUUAUUAAAUUCACCAAUAAAUUGCAUAUUUCAAUAUAAAUUUAAAUAAUUUGUAAUAAUGAUAAUAAUUUACAUAGCAAAGUUUUUCUUUUUAAUUUUUUAUUUGCGGACCGGUACCGGUUUGUGGAUUACAGUUUGGGAAACCCUGAAAUGGCGUUAACAUCGAUAUAAAUACAAAAAAAUUCGAUGUUUCAUUUUCAUUAAUGAUAAGUAAGAGUUCGAUUUGUACAUAAUCAUUAUGCAUAACAUUUAUAAUUAUAUAUAUUCGUUUUUGUUUUUAUCGAGCACGAUGAUCUUUGACUUCUUACAAAACAAAACAAAACAAAAAGCACAUAAGUGUUAUUUUUCAAUACGAAUUAUAAAUGUUCAUCGUAAUUUGCGUGUGUGCUGUGAUUAAUUAGUACUUUUUUUAUUUA